CGCGAAACGGCUGGCAAACGCCUCACAGUCGUUUCAGAUGGACUGUGUUUUAGCCAAGUGCGACGACAAGAGCUCUUCGCUUGCUCUCAACUCGAAUGCGGUGUCCUCGCGACAACUGUCCAGCGUCUUCGACAGUGAGCGAGAUCCCCGUUCUCACAAACAGCUCGUGGCUUUUAUUUUUCUUCCAUGCAGCGAAUCGUGCGACCGGCAAGACAAAAGGCUUUAAAGAAACGCGAUCCUCCAGUCCGACAACUUGGCUGCUUUCAACGCCCAACCGUUUCUUUUCUCUGCCACGUGAGUGUCCGAGGGGCAGUGCGACUCCUCGUCGUCCUCCUAACUUUCUUUUUCGCCGUUUUUCGAGGUGCGCCAGCUUUCCUCGUUUCUGCUGCCUUUUCACCGUUCCUACAAAACUGUUCUUGCCUCGCCGCUCCGAACGCGAAACCGUGUGCCAGCUGCAGACCUGGUGGACGACUGCACGCUCUAAAGCGUGUUUUUUCGCGGGCGCGCCGACGUAUCCCGGGAGAAGGCCUCGCUUCGAGGAGCAGGGUAAAUCUUUACAAUCUAGACUGUUCACUUGCCUUUUCUGGGGUCGCACUGGGAGAAACUUGUCCGCUGCCGCUGCGCAGCUGCGCCAGCCUGCCCCUCCCCCUCUCUGAGCUCGCCGACACACCUCUCACUUCGCCCUGGUACUCGCGGAUCUUCUACGACAAAGCCGCCUUCCUGCAGAGGGGAAAAACCACGUUAUCGCAGUCGCGGAGUGGGUCCCGCCGGGGCGGAAACGCGAAACUGGCAACGUUCCUAAAUAGUCGCGGCAGUUCUGACCUCACCUUCUUCGCUGCUCUGCUUUGCUCGGCUUCUCGUCCGACCCGCCAGUGUUCGUCCCUCGAGUUCGCUGUCCAGAAGAUCAGAGAGGAUCAGAGAGCAGAGUCAACCUUCGUUUCUAUAUCAGGCUGGCUGUCGACUGCUGUGCGGCUUGCGCAAAUUCGCGAGGAAAAAGUGGAAAAGACACAGCGAUUUUUUCCGGUUUUCUUCGAGACUCUCGCGUUUUCUUCUCGACCGACUCCGCGAAAGAGUGCGGCAAAGACUGUUUCCUGCUGCUGCGCGGCGAACUGCGCUUUCGUAAGUUUGUCUGCUCUGUCACAGCCGUUUCUCGCGGGCGCGCGUUUCGCUCCUCGCCGCCCUUUUUGCGAAUACGCCGCUCUUUUCUCACCACGCGUUUCCGCGACUUCGACUCCGCCGUGAAGACACCCGAAAACUCGCUUCUCUUGUGGCCGCUUCUCCUGUCUUCUACCUGGAAUCUGCGCCCUGCUUCCGCACCGCAGGACUCUGUCAAGUCUUCUUCCCGUCCUCUCCCCGUCUGCGACGGUUUCGACGCGAAGCCAGCACUCACGGAGAUCCGCAAGAUAGCAAAAUUGCACGGUUGUCUCUUUUCCGUUUUCGUUUUUUCCUUCCUCGCACCAUGCGCCUCUCGUCGGCGCGAAACCGCCGCUUCCUCCCUGAAUAACUCUGUUGCUCGUGCCUCCUCCUCCCUGCUCUCUUUCUUCUGCGUCUCCUCUCUUUUUCCCCCGUUCAAGGAGCGGCAACGGCAAACCAUCUGUUCGCAUUUAAAUACUCACUCGUAUCUUACGUGCAGAACACCACCGAUGUGAAACAACCUCGUUGGUGCAGGAUACUGAAGUCCAGCUCUUCGCCGCGUCCGAGGCUCCCGCCGCGUUCCUCGAGUUUUCCCCAAGAUGGCUCUCUUCCGCGGCUGCAGCAACGUCAUCGACGAGAGUCUCGAUGAAUUCCUCGUCAAGCACGACCCAGACUACGCGGGCGGCCGCGGGGGCGGUGCCGCAGUCGCGCCGGACCGAGUUGCGUCGUCAGGCUCCGACGAAACCACGGCAUUUCUCGGCAGCGGCGUCGAGUCUGGCUUGCAGGACUGGCGCGACACUGGAGGGUGCAAGCGGUCACCGUCUCUCACUGGGAAGCCGCGAACAGAAGACGAUGGAACCGUCAGAAUCGACACACAGAAGCUCGGCCGCGCUCUCAGCGUCGCUGUCACUGGUCUCGGCGAGCAAGUCAAACACGGCGGCGAGCUUCUCUGGCGCUCGGCUGUCACGGCAGCUGGGCAGGUGAUUGUCCAGCAUGGACUCCAGACGCGCGGCGGCUCCGGGACAGGUCUCUCUUCGCCGUCUGCAGCUGCGCUGAUUUCCUCUUCGCUCUCUUCGUCUUCGCUUGCGUCUGCAGUCUCCUCCGCCACUUGCUUCCAGCUGCAACUGUCCGCAGGCCAGAAGGCAUGGAGUCUCGACUCCGCGCCUUUCUCUCUCGGCGCCUGGCUGGCGUCGCCCUCAGUGGCGGCCGACGUCUGGGGUGACGGAAACUUCCAUGUGAUUCUGCAGGAACAGAGACAAAGUGAAGACGCCGCAGGACAACUCACUGCAGAACCCAGAGCGAAAGAAGGUGAAGGAAGAGUGAACCCAGAGCGUUUCACGUACCGAUGGAGAAGAGUCUUCCCGAACGGCGUCCUCGUCGACGUUCCCGAUGUCACAGGAAAUACGUACUUUAUUUCUGCGGACGACAUCGGCUGCAAGGUCCAGGUGACUUGCAGCUGUCCGCGCUCGGCGUUUGUGGGGGAGAUGCAUGCGUCUCUGGGACCUUUCCAGGUCGACAGCCGGUCGAGGUCUUGCGUUUUGAACUCUCUCGCGCGCGGCGGCUCGAGAUUCCCUUGCUGCGCAGUUCUGGAAGAAGACCUGGCGGGGAGAGACGGCCGGCUUGCGGCAAGCAGUCUGGAGGCAGACCGAAUGGCGCGGAGAGAAGAAGGAAGAGAAUUUUUCGUCUACGUUAACCACGAGGAGGUUGUUAUCACGCAGAGAGGCGGCCCCGCCACCUCGAGCGAAAGUGAAAGUUUUCUGGCAAGUGGAGGAGUGAGUAGUCUCCUCGACCGUCGCUGGAGUGCGCGCUUCUCGGCGGAGUAUCCGAAGCUGCUUCUCCACUCUCAACAUCCCAAACGUUUCACAGUCGCUCUGAGCGAGGAGAAAGUCUUUGUUUUGGAUGCGUACACUCGCCACCAGCGCGACCUGGUAGCAGUCACUCUCCGUUCUUUCCACGCUCGCGCAAUCGUCGGAGCCUCCACCCUUCUCGACCUUGUGCACUCCAUGUCUUGCACAGGAAGGACGCCUCCUGCAGCCGAUGAAAUCAUUUCUGAACUUGAAGACAAGCGCGUCGAUCUCUACGUGAUGGUGCAUUCCCUCUGUUCGGAGCUCCAUAGCGCGGUGGCCGGGCGACUGCGAACGAUGCGCGAUUGGGCGCGAGUCUCGAAGGAAAAGGAGGCUCUGGAGGAGGAAAUGACGUCCACCAUCCAAGCGUUUCAGAGUCAGAUUGCAGACCUCGCAAACGAGCAAGCUUCGACAGCGGCGCCGUCGGAGGGAUCUUGUGGAAACUGGAAUUCAAGGCUGCUGCAGAUGACGGACGACAUGCAGGCGGUUCGAGCACAGAAUCGCGCCUACGUGGAGGAAAUCGAACAGCUGAAAAUCGCACAAAACGAGAUGGUCAUGCGCCUCGAAAACGAGCGCCACACCUUCCAGGAACUGCUGAGCAAACGACUGGAGACGCUCGUCGAGGAGAACCGACAGCUGCAAGCUGCGAACGAACAGCUGGGUUCCCGUCUGAUCAAGCAGGCGGCAGAAGGAAGCGCGGGAGCUGGCGCGGGAGGCCUGGAGGCGCCGGAACGUCUGCAGGCGGAGCUGCGGCGCCUGAGGAGAGAGGUUGAAGAAGCUCACCUAGGAAAGCAUCAGCUGGCGCAUGAGCUGGAGGAGAUGAAGGCGACGGCGGCGAGAGAGAGGCAAGAGAAGGAGGCUGCACUCGCCAGUGUGCAAGACGGUCUCGUUCACAUGAAAGCGCGCUACGACUGCCUGCUGGAGGAAAUGCAAGCGCUUCGGGAGUCUCGGGACUCUGCUGAAGAAGGCGUCUCGCAGAAAGUAAAAGUGUAUGAGGAUUUGCUGCUCUCCCGCGAGACGCAGUGUAGCGAGCAGACGAAGCAGCUGGAGGCGGCUCGGGAGGAGUUGUCGGAGCUGCAGGCCGAACGGAAUCGCCUGAAAAAAGUUCUUGAAUCUCUCACGAGAGACUUAGAGAAGUCGCGUGCAGCUCUCGAUGCUGCGGCUGCCAGGCAACAGACGGUGGCUUCGGAGAAGCAGCAACUGGAGAUUCGUCUCGCUGAGGUAGUGCAGCGGCAGCAGAGACAGGAGCAGCUCAGCUCUCGAGAAGAACAACUGAAGCAGCAAGAGAGCUUGCGGCGCGUGCAGGAGGCGCAGCGGCGGGCAGACGAGGUGUCUAGACAGCUGGAGGAGACGCGGAAGGCGCUGCAGCAGGAACAGCAAGGUCGCAUGCUUCAGCAGCAGCGCGCAGACGCUGGCAGCCAGCAGCUGGCGGCAGUGCAAAGCAGACUGACUGAGAAGGACGCGCAGCUCGCGCAAAUGAAGGCCGAAAUCGAACAGCUGCGGUCUCAGGCGCGGCCGGGACCGGAGAGCGAAAGUGCAGGCGAGGGAGAAGAACAUUUGCUGCGAGCGAAGGUGACGGAGUUGACGGACGUUCUCGCUCGACAGGAAGAAGAAAUGCGAAGGCUGAAGGACGAGAGCUCGACGCUGAAGACUCGCCUGAUAAAGCUCACGAAGGCAAACACGUAGGACUUUCUUCAGAGCAAGUCCCGACAGGAUUUCUCGUUCGAUCUCUCCGCCGCUCCUCGCAUGCUCUGCAACGCCAGCAGCUACGCGAGACUUGCAGAGGGUACAGGGGGGUGGGGGGGCGUUCGACCGAUGCUGUGGCGGAGGGAGUUCGGCCAACGACGACUGGAGACUUGCGACCGGCCAACUCCUCCGCGUAAACAGAAAGAGAAAGCUGCGUAUCUCGCCGAGAAGACUGCGGUCUUUUGCUGGAGCCGGAGAAAUGCAGACUCCGGGAGACGUCCUCUCCGUCGAAAGAAAUCUCCAAAUCUCCCAGACAGCUCGAGGAGCAGCACUGGACUUCUCGAGUCGACGGACGCUGGAGAAAAUCGGACUCUGCUCCGAGGAAAGCCUCUGCAGACACCAAAUGCCACAAAAGACAGAGCUGCAUGCGAAGGAUACGCAUCUCUAUUUAUCGACAUACGUACACAUCUACGCAUACGCAUAUGUUUAUGUAUGUUGAUGUGAAGGUAGACAUACGUACACACAUAUAGGGCUCGUCGAGUGCUCGGACUGAGGAAGAGGUGAAGCGUUGCUGGGCGCAAGAAGAUGCGUGGAGGAAGUGAGGCUGAAUACGCCGCGACUUUUCAAAAGAAAUGUCCUAUUUGAAACGCAUGCAAGAAGCGUCUGCAUGCAUGUGAGCCACCGUGGAUAGCCGUCUGCUCUCGCACAGAGGCGUGCGGUGAACGCGGCAGCUCUGAAAGCUCGGAAAAUCGUUUUCUUUCACUGACACUCGACCAGAAAACUCACCCUCGCAAAAGAUAUACAAAGUGGAUCAUACAUUCAUAUACAUACAUAUGCGUGGACAUAUAUAUAUAUAUAUAUAUAU